CCUGCGAGAGAGGAAGGAGAAGGGUGGAGCAGGCAGUUCUGUUUCUGCACAGAACACACUCGCCCGCGCACGGAGCUUCAGGAAGGAUGGCCAAAUCCCUGAAGGACCACAUCAUCGACACCUUGGAGGAACUGGAUGACAAGGGGCUGAAGAAAUUUCGGACCAAACUGUGCGAUCGCCCAGGGGAGCCAAAAAUCCGGAAAGGGCAGAUCCAGGAUGCCGACGCCUUGGAUCUUGCUAACAGGCUGGUCAGCACGUUCAGAGUGGACGGGGCUGUCCGGGUCACGGUAGAAGUUCUGAGGGACAUCUGCGAGAACCACCUAGCCACCACACUCAGCGACAAAACUAAAUCGCUGGUGGGAGACAUCAGCCCCAGUGGAUCCGCUACAGGAGGAGGCACCUGCCAAGAACCAGCUGCACCAUCAAGUGCACCAGCCAUCCCCAUCAAUAUGGAUGAAGUGAAUUUCGUGGAGAAACAUCGGAAUGACUUCAUACAGAGGGUGACGCAGGUGGAGCCCCUCCUGGAUGAACUGCUGGUGAGGGGAAUCCUCAACACGGAGAUGUACAACAGCAUCCUGGCAGCCCCCACCCACCAGGAGAAAAUGAGGAGGCUGUUUCAAGGGCCCAUACUGUCUGCUGGGGCCAGAGGCAAGCGCAUACUCUACCAGAUACUGCUUGAGCAGCAGCCCUUUCUGAUCGCUGACCUCAUGGGACAGUGAAUCCAGUCUUAGACACCAACUCCCCCUUCCCAGUCGCAGACCAGGGCUGACCACACCCCGCCCUUUAGGGUCAGAGUAUAUCCUAUUCUCAGGUUCAGAAUCAAUGUCUUCAUUAAGAGAAUGGCUUUCCGUUACACCUCACUAAUACAAUAUUACUGAAUGCUGCAGAAUUCUGCCCCUUAAGAGCCAGGUGUGGCCUCCCCUGGCACAACAGUGCUGGGCAUUGUGCUGAUCUGUAGUAUCUGGUUUGCUUUCAAGCUGACCCGAGCCGCGUUUUUUCUAAUGUUAGCUAGGUGUUUGGUAUCCUUGUGCCGAAUCUGAGAGGGCCUUAGUCUCCUUAGUGGAGGAACGUGACCGAUUGGGCCCCAUGCAGAUCCAGCGUGGUUUUCAUCAAGACAUUGCCCACGUGCGUCUGCACAAGAUUGAUUAGUAACCUAUUAAGAGCUCUAAAGAGGGCAGUUUCAGAAAGCUGAGAACAGACUGAUCAGAGUUCAGCCCACAUCAACAUGACAAACAAGCUUGAGGAAUAAAUAUUUCAGCUGCAACCAGAACUAGAGUCACAAUGUCCUGAGCACUAGGACUGGGAGACCCAUCCCCUGUAGGCCAGUUAUAUUACAGUACCCUGUGUUGUGCAUUCCUAAUCAUUCCAGAGUAUGUCAGGUCUUAAGUACAAUCAGCUUUGUGAUCGUCUGCGUUUGUUUAGACAUAUGAGGACAUUAGGUUUUGUUUUGGUCAGGAAAUGUACAGUGUACAUGGGCCAGUAUUGUGAGUAUAUCUGAUAUUUCACUCCCAGAACUGACAAGCAAGGAUCACGCUUUUUUGUAAGUCUGGAAUUCAAAAGAGUGGCGGACCUUGUGAGACUCACUGUGAAAUCCAAAGAAUUGGAAUUUUUUUUAACGUGAUGUUUUACAUUUUUUUUGCAAAUGAAAUGGGGGAUAUUUUCAUGCAAUAAAUGCGAAAAGCUCCACUCU